GUGAGUGACGAGCUCCCAAUGGACAUGUUACUAGGUAUGUACUACCUCUCUGUAGCACAGCCCCAGUUUGACUGGGACCGAAAAGUGGUCAAACACACGUUGCCAGGUGGAGGGACCGCCAGAUUACAUAAGUUCAAAGCUAGUAGUCUGAUUGAGUCCUAUGGGUGCAUGUGUGCGGCCGCGUUCUAUAAUUAUUAUAAGCAAAAUCAGGAGGAGGGUAUGUACUUAGUCUAUGUCUCUGCUGCAGGCGAGCCGGUGAAAAUGCCGUCAGAGAUAGAGGGAGUAAUUGCUAAGUACUCUGAUUUAUUUGAAGAGCCGACAGGGGUUGUUGAGAGGGAGGUCGUCCACGCGAUAGAGAUUAUCCCAGGGUCUAGUAUUCCAAGGGGUAGGAUCUAUCGGAUGUCUCCAGACGAGCUUGAUGAGCUUCGCCGCCAACUCAAGGAACUCGUAGAGAAGGGCUGGAUCCAGCCGAGUGUCUCUCCUUAUGGGUCUCCAGUUUUAUUCGUGCCUAAGAAGAAGGAGAGAACCCUUAGGAUGUGCAUUGACUAUAGGGGCCUCAAUACCAUCACUGUCAAGAACAGAGAGCCCCUACCGCGCAUCGACGAUCUGCUAGAUAGAGUGCAAGGGUGUCGGUACUUCAGCAAGAUAGAUCUGAAGUCCGGGUACCAUCAGAUUGCCAUACGGCCCGAGGAUCAACACAAAACCGCUUUUCAGACCAGGUACGGUCUGUACGAGUUUGUGGUGAUGCCUUUUGGCCUUUGCAAUGCUCCUGGCACCUUUCAGCACGCUAUGAAUCGGAUAUUCCAUGACUACUUGGAUAAGUUUGUCAUCGUGUACCUCGAUGACAUACUUAUUUUCAGUAAGACUGUCGAGGAACAUGUGGCACAUUUGGACAAAGUCCUCGGCCUCCUGCGACAGCAUAAGUUCAAGAUCAACGGGGAGAAGUGCGAGUUUGGCCGCACCCGUGUCUUGUACUUGGGUCAUGAGAUUUCCGCGGAGGGAUUGAAGCCUAAUGACGCGAAGGUGGCCAGCAUUCGUGAUUGGCCACAUCCUCAGUCUGUGACUGAGAUGAGAUCUUUCUUAGGAAUGACAGGCUACCAUAGGACUUUCGUUAAGAACUACAGCAUAGUGGCCGCUCCUUUGACUGAUCUGACCCGCCUUGACACCCCUUGGGAGUGGACAGAUAAGUGCGAGGCUGCUUUCAGACAUCUGAAGCAUGCACUGACGCACUAUGAAGUUUUGAAACUUCCUGAUCCUGACAAGCCGUUUAUAGUUACAACGGAUGCCAGCCAAUAUGGCAUUGGCGCCAUGCUUGCGCAGCAGGAGGGGCCAAAGUUGAGGCCAAUAGAGUACAUGUCCAAGAAAAUGCCGUCUCAGAAGUUGGCUAAGUCCACUUAUGAGAAGGAACUCUAUGCGGUGUACAAGGCUCUCACCCAUUGGAGACACUAUCUCUUUGGGCGGUUUUUCAUCCUCCGGACUGAUCAUCAGACCCUGAGAUGGAUGAGAACACAACCGGUACUCUCAGAUGCUCUCAAGCGUUGGAUCGAAGUCAUUGAGCAAUAUGACUUUGACCCUCAGUAUCUCAAAGGGGAAUACAACAAGGUUGUUGAUGCCUUGUCGCGCAGACCAGACUUCUCAGGUGCGGUGAUUACUGAGUUCGAUCUGACAGACGAUGUUACUCAUUCUUUGGUGGAAGCCUAUCGUCAGGACCAGUUUAUGUCUGAGAUCACACGCAAACUUGAGGCGAAGGAUAAGAAGACCUCCGCCGAGUUUAAGUUGGUCAAUGGAUUGUUGUUCCUAGAGAAGGCAGGGAAUAAACACUUGUGUGUUCCAAACAGCGAGUCUUUGCGUAGUUUGUUUUUAGGUGAGUAUCAUGAUGCCACCGGCCAUUUUGGGUACAAGAAGACCGCAGCCAACUUGUUGCAGCGGUUCUGGUGGCCCACGAUGAUGAAAGAUGCACAGCUGUACAUGGAAACUUGUCAAGUAUGCCAAAGAGACAAGCCCCGUACUCAGGCUCCUCUUGGGCUGCUCAAACCCCUUCCGAUUCCGGAAAGGCCGGGUGAGAGUUUGUCCAUGGACUUCAUGGAUACGCUGGUCACCAGCAAGAGUGGGAUGCGACAAAUCUUUGUCAUCGUGGAUAGGCUUAGUAAGUUUGCUAGAUUAAUAGCUAUGCUAGAAACAGCGAAGACCGAGUACGUGAUCAGGUUAUUUAAAGAGAACUGGGUCAGGGACUUUGGACUGCCAAAGUCAAUAGUCAGUGACAGGGACGUCAGGUUCACGAGUGAAUUGUGGAAGGCCGCUGCAGCUGAACAAGGAACUCAACUGCAGAUGACUUCUGGAAAUCAUCCAGAAGCUAAUGGCCAGGCUGAACAAAUGAACCGCGCUGUGCAACACCUGUUGAGGCACUACAUCAAGCCCAAUCAGGUAGACUGGGAUGAAAAGCUUGCUCUAGUCGCCAGAGCCGACACAACAAUGUCAGCGGGAUGCCGAUCGACGCUGCUGCGGGUGUUGGUCGUUGUGGUAGCAAUGAGCUCCUCCCCCGUCUACGGCCGCGAGCGUCUUCUCUCGGGAGCCAACCCACCAGCAAGCAAACAAGACGGAAGCGACGACGAAGAGAACUUGAAAGGGUGGUCGUUGGCCCGUCGGUGGCUGCAGACUGAUGACAGCGGAUGCCUUUCGAACUUCUCCAGAUUUCAAAGCACGUCAGACCUCCUGACCUGCAGGAAGCAGUUGGUUGACAAGAUCGACCGCACAAGGAAUGCCGAGGAUGUGGCUGUUCUUCCCGCUGCUGCGGAGGGUGGUGGUGGGGAUUCAGUCUUCUUCGUGUUGAAUGGCAGAGUUUGGCGGCGAAACGCUUCCGAAUCGACGACGAUGGGAGAGGGAUCCCGGUGGCAGGCGAGCGAAGUAACGCCCAUCUUUGGGCCGAGUGAGUACAACAGGAGUACAGGAGAAAGUGGACGUGUUGACGACCUGAGGUCAUUGGCGAUGCUUGAUGUGAUGGAUGGUGGUGGUCAAAACAACAAGAGCAGAAAAGUUAUGUUCGUUGAAGACAGGACAAAUCGUGUGGUACGUUGGUUCUCCAUCGACGGACUCGAGCCUGCAAUUGAGGACUUCCGCAAUUUCAGCAACGACACAGGCGGUUUCUCAAUGAUAAGCUUGGCGGGUUAUGCCGAAGGCGGGGUCUUGUACGGUUCCACACGUUCAGCUCUUUACCGUAUGAAUGUGACGGGGACGUACGACGAUCGGCCGAAGCUAUGGCUAGGCUCAGAAUCGAUAAAGGACGUGGUCAACAGCCCUAUCCCCGGUGAUGUCCGAUUUGAUCGGGCGUACUUGAGCACGUCUGCCAUAACCGCUAAUGGGGAGGCCAUGUAUGUGCUCGAGCGAAACGCCGACGUCGUUCGGCGAGUGCUGAUCGCGAGCGGGGCGGUAGAGACGGUCGCCGGAAUCCGAGGUGCGCGUGGCGAUGCAGAUGGUUUAGCCUCGGAGGCAACGUUUAAUGAACCUAUCGGGCAGGCGCUUACGGCUGAUGGGUGUAACCUCUUUGUGGGCGAGGUGAAUGACAAUAGAGGACGGAUACGCCUGGUCAGCUUCCAGAGAACUGGGACAUAUGUCCGUACGGUUGCCAAUCUCAACGUGCCGGUGAUAAGAUUGGCCAUGCAUCCAAACGGCGAGCUCCUGUAUGCGGCAGCCGGCGCUGGGUCGGUGUUCGAAAUAAGUGUGAACAAAUCGGUACUGCCCCAGUGUUCCGGCGACGUGCCUCCCAAAAAAAAGGCCGGAGUCUCUAAGACUGUCAUCGCCCUGGCUGGUAUCGUACCGGCUUUGGUUGGCUUUCUCCUGGCUGUUGCUCUAGCUGUAAAAAUAAGGAGAGGGGCGGAAUGUGACUGGGUAUGGCCUUGGCCGCGAUGGGGGCGAUUAGGACCCUGUCUUCCGACGAAGGAUGAAAACCCCCAGCCUGGAGGAAAACAUGAAACAGCACUUCUCACUUCAUUCUGGGACGAGUCUGGGUCUCAAUCGACUUGGGACACGGGUAGGAGCUUGUCAGGAGUUCGAACCCAGGAGUUGCAGCCGUCCGGUCCUAGGCGGUUCUCCUUCAGCGAGCUGGCAGAUGCCUGUGAUGGAUUCAACUCGAGCAAUCUGGUUGGCAAGGGUGGUGCCGCCGAAGUCUUCAGGGGAGUGCUCACUGGUGGCCAAGUCGUAGCCUUGAAGGUCAUGAAGGAUGAGGACUUGUCUCGGGCAUUGCUUGGGCAGUUUCAAGCGGAGCUGGAUUUUCUUGGCCCACUCCGACAUAGCCACGUCCUUAGCAUCAUCGGCUUCUGUGCCGAGGAGGGUAAGUCUGUGAUUGUGUAUCCGUUCGUUGCAGGGGGAAGUUUGUACGACCGUCUCCAUCCCCGUUUCAAAUUGGCUUCUUCCCCCAAGUACGAGGGUGAUGGUGUGAGUGAUAUCGGGGAAAACCUCUCCCAGGCAGAUGUGCAGACAGUUGGCAGUGGGAGUGGCUGCACCAGCACUAGCUGCCCAUGGCAACCACCGGCCUGGAGGCCCCUGUCUUGGAGCGAUCGCUUCUCCAUCGCCCUGCAGAUUGGAAAAGCCCUGCGGUUUCUGCACGAGAGCUUGGAUCCACCGGUUGUCCACAGAGACAUUAAGAGUAAAAACAUUUUGUUGGAGGGAGGAGGGAGCACGGGCCUGAGGGCGUAUCUGUCCGACUUCGGGCUGGCAAGGCAAGGGCAGAGUGUAUUCAGUGCAGAGAAGGCUGGCGAGACAGUGGAGACACAUCAUGUGGCAGGGACGAUCGGCUACAUGGCGCCCGAGUACUUCACCUACUGCAGACUGACUGCAAAGAAUGAUGUUUACGCGUUCGGGGUGGUGUUGCUCGAGCUCAUCACGGGUUGCAAAGCAUUUGGUACCGUGUCAGAUUACAGGAAGAAGGGUGAGGGGGGGCAUCAGGUGGAGGAGGAGGAGGAGGAGGAGGAGGGAAAGGAUCGGGUGCCGACGGAGGAGGAACUCCCACAGAUGUUGACGAAAUGGGUGAGGAAGAUGGUUGAGGACAUGGUUGCACCCAUGUCCUCUGAGGAGGAAGGCAAGAGAAGGGCUACGGAAGAGACUCUGAAGUUGGAGGUCGUCCGGAAGAUUGCAGACGAGCGAAUGGUGAUGUGUGGCGAGGUUGACUGGGUUGCUGUGACCAACAUGUUGGAGUUGGCAAUGACGUGUAUCACAGAAAUGCCUGACAAGCGACCACCGAUCGGUUCUGUUGUUAAGGAAUUGGCUCGACUGGAGGCUUCUGAGAAGCAGUUGGUUGACAACUCCGUCAAUUACACAAGCGAUACCGUAACGGAGGACGUGGCUGUUCUUGCCGCUGCUGCAGAGGAGGGUGGUGAUUCGGUCUUCUUCGUGUUGAAUGGGAUUGUCUGGCGGCGAAAUGCUUCAACGAGGAUGGCACAGGGAUCCCGGUGGCAGUCGAGCGAAGUAACUCCCAUCUUCGGUCCUUGGCCGGGUGAUGGCGGAGGAAGGGCAGAAUUGACGGCAUUGGUUAUCGUUGAUAUAAAGGAUGGUGGUCAGAACCACACGAGAAAAGUUAUAUUCGUUGAAGACGGGGCAAAUCGUGUGCUACGUUGGUUCUCCAUUGACGGACGGAACCCUGCUAUUGAGGACUUCCGCAAUUUCACCAUUGACACAAGCGGCGCCCCUAUAACAAGCCUGGCGGGGUAUUCCAGAGGCGGGGUCUUAUACGCUUCCACAAGAUGGGCUCUUUACCGUAUGAACCUGACGGGGACUGACGAUGAUCGCCCGAAGCUAUGGCUAGGCUUACCUGCGAAGACGGGCGUGGUGGACAGCCCUAUGAUCCCCCUAUUUCGUAAUGUGUACUUAAGCACAUCUGCCAUCACCGCCAAUGGGGAGGCCAUGUAUGUACUCGAGCACGACAGCCAUGUCGUUCGGCGUGUGCUGAUCGAGAGUCGGGCGGUAGAGACGGUCGCCGGAUCCCUAGGUGUGCCUGGUGGAGCAGAUGGUCUAGCCUCGGAGGCAAGGUUUAAUGCACCUCUCGGGCAGGCACUUACGGCUGAUGGGUGUAACCUCUUUGUCGGUGAGAUGAAUGAAGGGAAGGGACGAAUACGCCUGGUCAGCUUCAAGAGAAAUGGGGCAUAUGUCCGUACUGUUGCCAAACUUUCUGUGCCAGUGAUAAGAUUGGCCAUGCAUCCAAACAACGAGCUUCUGUAUGCGGCAGCCGGCGCUGGGUCGGUGUUCGAAAUAAGUGUGAAUAAUUCGGUACUGCCCAAGUGUUCCGGUGAUCCCGACAAAAAAAACGGAGCCUCUAGGACUACCAUCGCCCUAGCUGUUACCGUACCGGCUUUGGUUGGGUUUCUCAUCGCUGUUGCUCUAGCUGUGAAGAUAAGGAGAGGGGCAGAAUGUGACUGGGUGUGGCAUUGGCGACUGUGGAGGCGAUUAGGACGCUCUCUUCGGACAAAGGAUGAUGCACCGCAGCCUGGAGGAGAACAGGAAACAGCACGUCUCACGUUGCCCGUCGGGAAUGGCGCGUCAGAAUCAGGAUUUGGUGCCUCAGGUUCAUUCUGGGACAAGUCUGGGUUCCAAUCGACUUGGGACACGAAUAGGAGCUUGUCAGGAGUUCGAACCCGGGAGUUGCAGCCUUCCGGUCCUAGGCGGUUCUCCUUGAGCGAGCUGGCAGAUGCCUGUGAUGGAUUCAACUCGAGCAAUCUGGUUGGCAAGGGCGGCGCCGCGGAAGUCUUUAGGGGAGUGCUCACUGGUGGCCAAGUCGUAGCCUUGAAGGUCAUGAAGGAUGGGGACUUGUCUCGGGCAAGGCUUUGGCAGUUUCAAGCGGAGCUGGAUUUUCUUGGCCGAAUCCGGCAUAGCCACGUCCUUAGCCUCCUCGGCUUCUGUGCAGAGGGGGGUAAGUCAGUGAUUGUUUAUCCGUUCGUUGCAGGGGGAAGUUUGUACGACCGUCUCCAUCCCCAUUUCAAAUUGGCUUCUUUCCCCAAGUCUGAGGGUGAUGGUGUGAGUGAUAUCGGGGGGAACCUCUCCGAGUCAGAUGUGCAGACAGUUGGCAGUGGGAGCGGCUGCACCAGCACUAGCUGCCCAUGGCAACCACCAGCCUGGGGGCCCCUGUCGUGGAGAGAUCGUCUCUCCAUCGCCCUGCAGAUCGGAAAAGCCCUGCAGUUUCUGCACGAGGAGUUAGAUCCGCCCGUCAUCCACAGGGACAUUAAGAGUAAUAACAUUUUGCUGGAGGGAGGAGGGGGCUCGGGCCUGAGGGCGUAUCUGUCCGACUUCGGGCUGGCAAGGCAAGGGCAGAGUGUAUUCAGUGCAGAGAAGGCUGGCGAGACAGUCGAGACUUAUCACGUGGCAGGGACGGUCGGUUACAUGGCACCCGAGUAUUUCACAUACUGCAGACUGACUGCAAAGAACGAUGUUUAUGCAUUUGGGGUGGUCUUGCUCGAGCUCAUCACGGGCUACAAAGCAUUUGGUACCCCUGCAAAUUACAGGAAGAAGGGUGAAGGGGGGCAUCAGGUGGAGGAGGAGGAGAAGGGGACGGAUCUGGUGCUGACUGAGGAAGGGAAAGAGGAGGAAAUCCCACAGGUAUUGACGAGAUGGGUAAGGAAGAUGGUUGAGGACAUGAUUGCACGCAUGUCCUCUGAGGAGGAAGGCAAGAGAAGGGCUACGGAAGAGUCUUCGAAGUUGGAGGUCAUCCAGAGGAUUGCAGACGAGCGAAUGCAGAUGUGUGGCGAGGUUGACUGGGUUGCUGUAAGCCACAUGUUGGAGUUGGCAAUGAUGUGUAUCACAGAAAUGCCUGAGCAGCGACCACGGAUUGGUUCUGUUGUUGAGGAAUUGGCUCAACUAGAGGGUUCUGAGUCAUUAUGAUCUUUGAAAGGAGUACGUGGCAUUGUUACUAUGUCUGUCAGCGAGCAAAGUAUUCAAGGGCAUCAUCGUAACACCCGCCCAGACG